AGAUAAAAUUGCAUAAUAGUGUAGCAAGAAAUCGAUGCUUAUUUAAACUGUUAUUAUCCUCCCCUUUCUUGCUUCCCACUCCCUCACUCCAUACAGCAUCCGAGUUUUAGGUGCUGAUGGCUCCGUUUACAUUAGCUGUUGAUGCAAAGAGCUCUUCUGCGUUUUCUUCAGAAUCAUCUAAGAGGAUGCAAAACCUUCAGUUGGAACCGAAAAAGUUCUUUGCCUCAGUUAAUGCGCAAGAAGAAAAGCCAUUUGACUUUUUGCGACUACUUUUUGAGGGUGUUAUAGCUGGUGGCACAGCUGGUGUUGUAGUUGAAACAGCUUUAUAUCCUAUCGAUACAAUAAAGACACGAUUGCAGGCUGCACGGGGUGGCGGUCAAAUAAUUCUCAAAGGGUUAUAUUCUGGCCUUGCUGGAAAUCUUGCUGGGGUCUUGCCUGCAUCUGCUGUUUUUGUUGGUGUUUAUGAGCCUGCCAAGCAAAAACUUUUGAGGACUUUUCCAGAGAACCUCAGUGCUGUGGCUCAUCUGACUGCUGGUGCCCUUGGAGGCAUGGCUGCUUCUUUCAUUCGUGUCCCCACCGAGGUUGUUAAGCAACGAAUGCAGACCGGCCAAUUUGCUUCUGCCCCUAAUGCUGUCCGAAUGAUUGUUGCCAAAGAAGGCUUUAAAGGUCUCUACGCGGGAUAUGGAUCGUUUUUGCUAAGAGAUUUGCCAUUCGAUGCUAUUCAGUUCUGCAUUUAUGAACAACUUCGACUAGGUUAUAAGUUAGCGGCCAAGAGAGAUCUGAAAGAUGCAGAAAAUGCUGUAAUCGGUGCGUUUGCUGGUGCUCUUACGGGAGCCAUAACCACUCCUCUAGAUGUGAUCAAGACUAGGUUGAUGGUUCAGGGAUCAGCAAACCAGUAUAAAGGCAUCUUCGACUGUGUACAGACUAUAGUCCGAGAUGAAGGCCCUUCCGCCCUACUCAAGGGAAUCGGGCCGAGAGUGAUGUGGAUAGGCAUCGGCGGCUCCAUCUUCUUCGGAGUUCUUGAAGGGACAAAGCGAUUCCUCGAACAAAGACGUCCGCAGAAUCGGACAGUUUUGAAACCAGAGUAGCUCAGACAAUGAUCUGUUAUAUAUUCUUGUUAGGCCUUUUUUAAAAGAUACAAACGUCAAAUAUAGCACAGGAACACCACACGUUGGAAGAGUUGUAGUUCUAUAAAUCGUCUGUGCUAGAUGUUUAUCAAACACAGAGUCAAUCCAAGAAACUCGGUUACAUCA